AUGGAUUUUGGCACAGGUCGGACUAGAUUGCGCACAGGUAAAGAUGCUGACGUGGAGGGGGCCAACAUCGACCACAACAACUCCAUCACCAACCCCUGCUUGACACGUCACUCGCUGCUGCAGCGGGCCUAUCAGGAGGCGCCACCUGGCGCGCUCGCGGCGCUCGGGCAGCCGCGAUUCGUCCAGCGCAGCGGGUACCGGCUGUCGGCCAAUGAAUUUGCAGCGAUCGGGAUGAGUCUGCGAGUGAUGAGGGAGAUUGCAGAUGAUGGGCUGGGCCACUGCUACUGGGUUGGGCGGGACGGGCGGCAUUUGACGGGCAGGCUGAGGGGAAUUUACCCUGGAGAGCACCAUUUAUUGAUGUAUGAGACGGCAGUGUACCACUGCAAACUUGCGGUGGAAAGCACAGGGAAUGGCGGCGGAACUGUCAUGAUUCAACUUGACCGCUCAGAUGUAGCUAUCUACAGCGAGCCACCAGCACCAGCAUCAGCGCUCUCGUCCCUCCUCCCCACACGCUCCCACUCGCAAUCACAUGUCACUGCUCACACUUCUAAACACACCGGGAUGCCAGCUCGCACACCCGCCCAGACACACUCGUCUCUUGCACACUCCAGUCCAAGCAACGCCACCCAAGCGCAGAACAGACAAGGCUACGGCUUGCAGCAUUGGGGCGGCAAGGGGGGCCAGCGGUUUAAGUACGAGCUGGCGUUCUGCUCCUUCCCCAUGUACCGCGAUCUCAACCCCUCCACGCUGCAAGUGUGGCUGCAGGUGGCCUAUCACUACCUCAGAGUGGACUACUUUGUGCUCAGUGACGGGGGCUCGGUGGAUGACACUAUUAUGAAGGUCCUAUCCCCUUUUGUGGAUGCCAACAUAAUGGAAAUAGUCGACAUUCGGGGUGCAUACGCAUUCGAAAACAAACAGAACGUGCUAACCCUAAAUGACUGCAUGUACCGUCUCCGCUCCGCCGCCCGCUGGGUACUGUUCAUGGACUUUGACGAGCUACUGUACAUCGCCCCGCCGGCCGCCCCGCCGCCCGAGCCAGAAGCAGACGAAGAGGGCGAGUACACGCCGUCCGGUCGCAAGCGGAGAAAAAAACGGAAAAGGCAUGCCAAGCCGAAAUCGGUGGACGUAGCUGCCGGGUCCCUGCACAACCUCCUUAUGCAGCAUAACGGAUCGGCUUUUAUCACGUUCGGGAGUGUGUGGUGGUCUGUGGAGUAUUGCCGGCCGCCCACUCCCGCGCUCUCGCUCCCGAUUCAGCGCAUGCGGUUUCACUGGCCGCAUGUGUACUGCGUGGGAGAGAAGGACAUGGGGUACUCGCCAGACCACUGCCUCAACUUCUACGGCCAUCGCAAGUUCCUGGUUGACCCACGACAAGUGUGGGCCGUGCAGGUGCAUCGCCCCAUAGAGCCGCUGGAGGGCGGCGUGCAUUUGACCCCUGAUGUGGCCUACCUCAACCACUUUCAGGUGCGUACUCUGCUCCCCUGCUACCCCUGCCACACCUUUCUUGAGUUGACUCAACCACCCACAGCCCUGCUUCCCUCUGCUGCUACACUUGUCUCCUAA